AAUCAGGACACUAUAAAAGGAACAUGAGAGGCUGUGAGGAUGACAGAGCAAGAGCUGGAAACAAACAUCAGUGAAGAAUGAAGGCUUUAGUAUGUAUACUGCUGCUGUUGGAAACCUUUGUGUUUGUCGUCCAGCAGCAGGUAGAUGGAGGACUCAAUGAGAAUGAGAUCAGUCAACAGAUCAGCUCUGAGGACGGAAGACAGAAUCCACCUCAAACAGACACUUUGAGAGCUGAAGCUUCAACUGACAGCCAACAAUACUGUGAUCUGGGCAUCCCUGACAUCCAUGCAGCACUGAGAGAACUGACCGCCACCGUUACAGAGCAGAAAGAAAACAUCAGAGAACUGACCGCCACCGUUACAGAGCAGAAAGAAAAGAACAGAGAACUGACCGCCACCGUUACAGAGCAGAAAGAAAACAUCAGAGCUUUAGAGACGCGAUUAAUGGAUGAGAUAAACAAGAAAAAUGAUGAAAUUUCAAAUCUUACUCUGAGUCAAGUGGAGUUGAGAAAGGAAAAUAGAGACAGAGAAAUAGCUUUUUCAGCUUCAAUGAUGGAAUCUGGCGAUGGAUAUAUUGGUCCUUUUUCCACUGAAAUCACACUAACCUACAGGAACGUCUUCACAAACAUAGGGAACGCCUACAACCCAAUUACAGGUGUUUUCACAGCCCCACUGAAAGGAGCGUAUAUGUUCAGAAUCUCUGUACAUAGUAUUGCCCCAACAGCAGCAACUGCAGGCAUUGUUAAGAAUGGACAGCAUGUGGUUAUAGCAGAUGCUUUUCAGCCUCAGGGUGGGUUAAACUCCUCAAAUGGAGUUGUGUUGAUCCUGGAGGUUGGAGAUGUUGUCUAUGUGAGACUUUGGUCUGGCAGGAGGAUAUAUGAUAGCUAUAAUAAUCACAACACUUUCAGUGGUUUCCUGCUGUUUCCCUUAAGAUAACAGGAGCUGAUUAUGAUUCCAAUAAUUCUGAACCUUCAGCGUAUGAUUUAAGAUGAAAAUUGUGAAGAAUCAUUAACAUAUGAACCUGUAUUAAUGAGGACUAAUGUGGGUUUGAAAUCUGCAGUAGAUUACUGUAUUAAAGUCAGUAUAAUACACUAUACUCAUUGAUGCAUCCAAAAUGGUCAAUAUUCAUAUUCAUGCACUUUAAUUAAUAUUUAUUUUAAACGUUUAUGGCUUAUCAUUUAUCAGUUUCACUUUUGAUUUCCUAUAUUUAUGUACUAAUACUUUAUAUAUUAAUUCUUAUCAUAUUUUCAAGGAUUUACUUGUUAUUGUACCCUUAUGGUUAUUUUAUAUUUAAGAGUAUGCUUGUUAUGUUCAAUUGUUCUUCAAGUGUUCCAGUGUGAGAGGUCACGCUGACACGGUUGUGGUUAGACAUUGGACGCCUGCCAAGUGCUGUAUAAGUGAUGUUUUUCAGAGUUAACCAUUUGAAUUUGAAAUCUGAUCAAAAUAUGUCUGUUAUUAUUCCUGAUGACAUUUAAAAGGGUAAGAUUUGCAAAAUUCCCAAAGGGGGUCAAAACAACUCUUAUAUCUAUUUUUGACACUGGGUAAAACCAUUUAACCUUUUCUUUUAACAAAAACAUCCGUUUGUGUGGGAUGUAAAUUUCCCUAUAUGCUCAUGGUAUAAAGCUGACCGGGUCAUUGAUAAUUCAGCUUUUUCCCUCCUUUGCUCUCCUUGGCUUCUACUUCUUGUCUCUUAUCUGCAAAUGUCUUAAUUAUUGCUCUUUUUGAUCUUCAUCUAUUAGAUACAAUACUCUAAAUUAUACAAUACUCUAAAUUUAUUAUUAACUAUUGACUGCUUCUUUAUGAUGGUUAUCUUGCCUUUUGGUUUUACUAAGUAUUUUCAUUAUCGAUUAAAGUUUGCGUGUGAGGCUAAAUUUAAUUGUAAUGAAUAAAUAAUUUUUCAUCAACUUUA